UCGUCUGUGGUCCAAACUGUCAAAAGUUUUCAAAACUAUUUUUCUGUGAUUUUUUCACUUUCUUUCUUCGGUGGAUUGGCGGUAUUGCUAAAAGUUUUAUCCCAAUUAAUCUACUAUUUUUCAACGGCCUUAUUGUAAAAGUGCUUCGAUAGAUUUGUUCUUGCAAAUGAUAAAAUGGCAGUACCAAGCACCGAUUGGCAGUUAGGAUGCAUGCAACUGAAGCAACGGGGAGCCCAUCUCUUACAGACCGGCCAGUGGGCCGACUGUGUGUUCAUGGUGGGCGCUCCACCUCGUCAGGUCACUGUCACCGCUCACAAACUGAUCCUGGCCAGCGCUUCGCCGGUCUUCGAAGCGAUGUUCUUCGGUGGCAUGGCGGAGCGUGACGGGCCCAUACCCAUAUUAGAUGUUCAUCCGGACGCCUUCAAAUCCUUGCUACAAUAUAUUUACACGGACAAAGCAGAGCUGGGCUCGUUCGAGAUGGCAUGCUCAAUAUAUUAUGGAGCCAAGAAGUACAUGCUGCCGUAUCUAGAGAAGGAAUGCACAUGGUUUAUUUCCCUCAACCUGCGUCCGAAGAAUGUGUGUCGAGCUUACGAGCUGGGGCAGCUGUUUGAUGAGACCUUGUUGAUGGAGAAGUGUCUCAAGGUAAUGGAAAAUCAAACCAAAGAAGUUGUAAACGCUGCGAGCUUCCUGGACGCGGACUUGUCAACAAUAAACAAGAUACUGUCCCUCGAAAGCCUGAACAUCGAGAGUGAGCUGGAUCUCUUCCGGGCCUUAGAGAAGUACGCUAAAGUCCACAUGAAGGGGAACUUCUACAAAAGACCCUCGUUGAGCUUUAGUGACUCCAUCAGAAGUAGUCCCCCUAAAAAGAUUAAAAUGGAUAACAGUGAUGCUGAGAAGACACAGAAUAUAACAAAUUUUGUAGAACAAAUAGACAAACCAAUGGGACUUCCUGUAAAGUCUGAAACCGUAAAAGACGUGCCCAACAGUGAGACAGGGGAGGUGUCCAUCAAAAUGUCUGAGUCUUACUGUGAAAAGCAGACCAGUUUGGACACUUAUAAUGAUGAAAGUAUGAACAGUUCACAAGAGAGUUUAGAGCUGUCGUCGCUCCGGAGCGCGAUCGGCAAAGUUCGCUUCCUGACGAUGUCGCCGGCGGCAUUCGCGGCCGGGCCCGCGCGCUCUCCGCUGCUUAGCGAGCCGCAGUGCUUUGCGCUGCUUAUGCACAUCGUAUCUACGGACUCAGACGUGCCCAUGCCUGAGGGAUUCUCGACUAGCAGGGUGGCGAGGAACCAGCAAAACCUGAUGCCCGAGGAGUCGUCGUCGAAGUCGGAGGCGGUGUUCCGGUUCACGGUGCUCAACUUCAAGACGCGGCGGCGCUCGGUGGAGUCGCGGCCCUUCCACUUCCACGAGCUGCCGUGGAGCAUCAAGAUGGUGCCGCGGUUUGAAAACACCACCAGCUUCUCGGAAAGCAAGUUCUUUGGACUGUAUCUCAGAUGCGAGGGCAUCAAGGACAGCCAGUGGGCGGUGUCGGUGCGCGCCGAGCUACGGCUGGUGGCGCAGGCGCCGCGCGCGCGGAACAUCGCCAUGCAGAUACACAAGACCUUCACCAACAAAGAGAACGAGUGGGGCUUCAACCGCUUCGUGAACUGGACGGACGUGAUGGAUUCGGAGCGCGGGUUCCUGCGAGGCAACGCCAUCGAGAUCGAGGCGCACCUCGUGGCCGACGCCGCGCCCGCUUCAGGCCACGCCCCCUCGCUGCCAGGCCCCGCCCCCUCGCCGCCAGGCCCCGCCCCCACGCUAAACCCCGCCCCACCUGUGACUACACCCUAGGUAAGUUGCUAUGCCGUGAGGCCGUCUCUCGUCUCCACACGAUCCCAACCUAUCUCCUUGAUCACACGUACCGAGCUUGCCCAUGCUGCCAGGCCCCGCCCCACCUGUGACUACACCCUAGGUAAGUUGCUAUGCCGUGAGGCCGUCUCUCGUCUCCACACGAUCCCAACCUAUCUCCUUGAUCACACGUACCGAGCUUGCCCAUGCUGCCAGGCCCCGCCCCACCUGUGACUACACCCUAGGUAAGUUGCUGUGCCGUGAGGCCGUCUCUCGUCGUCUCCACACGAUCCCGGUCUAUUCCACUUUGAUCACCUGGCUUUGAUGACCCAGGUGAUCAAAGUCCACUUCCAGCGACAAUUUAGUGUC